AGAGGAGAAGAGCUAGUCUAUCAGUAAGGAAAUGUACAGCUUCCUGACUUCAAAGAUCAAGAAUCAAUGCAGCGAUUCUUCUUACAAGAAGUGCAAAAAGGAGAGGAGUUAUUGUCAGAAGGUAACUUUGAAGAGGCCGUGGAACACCUGAGCAACGCGAUAGCUGUGUGCGGGCAGCCACAGCAGUUAUUAGCUGUGCUUCAACAGACGCUUCCACCGCAAGUGUUUCACAUGCUCUUGCAGAGACUUCCGGUUGUCAGUGCUCGUAUCACACGGACAGCAUCAUCGUCGGCCAUGUUGGCAGAAGAGGAUGUGGAGUAAUUGAAUAACAACGAUGAUAGCAACGCUAGAAAAUCGAGCAUCCGCUCCCAGCAUGAUCGUUACGAGACCGUGGAUGUAUUUCAGACUGAUGAAAUUGACCAUGCACACUGUAGUGUUAGGAAGUCAGUAGGUCCUUUGCUGUACCUAUGCAGUGUUGCGCAAGGUUCAGCUGUCUGGUUAGCUUUCAAACAUCCAUCAGGUCCCAUUCUGUGUCUGUGUGGGUGGAAAUGCCUUUACAAUGUGCAAAUUCAUGUGUGAUUAAGGGCAUGAUCUGCUAAUUGACAGAUAAAAUUUGAAAUGACAAUUAGAAGAAAUGCCAAGCAAUAGCUUGAACAUGGCAUUGUGAUGCUCUCACUUACGGGAGUAGGGUAUGUAAAAGUGCAUCUUUUGUAAUUGUCAUAUUACAAUACACAUCUCCUUACUACAUUUUCGUAAAAUGUA